AUGGGUAGAGGAUGUACUACGUUUCUCGUCGUUUCAUUAAUGACGUUUAAUGUAAUAUUUCUCUUAAUUGGUGCCGCAAUACUAUGUUUUGCCGUAUAUUGUUAUGUGGAUUCAUUAAUUCAAAGUGCAGUAUCUCGUUCUGGACAUGCCGAUAAAAUGCAGAACUUAUUAUAUGCUCUUAUCGGCCUAGGCUUGUUAACGAUUGUUGUGGCUGUUUUUGGAUGUUGUGGAGCAUAUCAUGAAUCUCGCUGCCUACUUGGAACAUACUCUAUUUGUUUAACUAUUAUGUUCGGAGUUGAAAUAGCUACAGCAGCCCUGUGUUUAGUAUUUAAAGUUGAAACGGAAAGAAGGAUUAUUCAAGCUUUAGAAAAUAUUAUAAUGCGAUUUAAAAAUGAAUCAGUUGAUGAAAACUUUGACAAAAGUGAUUCUUACCGUGAUUGGAUACAAAAAAGCCUUCAUUGUUGUGGUAUCAACGGAAUGAAUGAUUAUCCAGGAUUAACUGUCCCAUUAUCAUGUUGUAUUCCGAAGCAUCGAAAUUGUCCAGACAAAUCUGCCUCGUACACUAUAGGGUGUAAACAAGUAAUUAAUGAUUUGGUGAAAGAAAAAUUUCUCAUGGCAAUAAUCCUUAUUAUGAGUGUUCCAGUAUCAAAGGUUUCAAAAAAUUGUGCAGGGUACCCAAACCAUGAUCCGCACAAGUGGAUUGGAAAGAAAAAAAGGUAUAAAUGAACAAUAUCAAUGUACAAUAGGGAAUACAAUUCAGAUAACAAUACAACCACAAAUUCAUUCCUUUAAUUAAGGGAGUUUCUUUCAAUUUUAUGAAGAGUUAGGUAAAAAAUUACAUCUGGAUCUCCGCUGGCCUCAAUCCUGAAAUAUAUACGAUAACGUCUCAAGCCAUCGAAUUAAGCAAUGUUUAAAAUCUCAAGUGAAAAAUGGUGAUGGUCUUAAUCAGUAAAAUUCGUUCAGCUCAUUAAAAACUAGAUAAGCAUGUUAUUGAUCACUAUUCAGUGUUUAAUUAAAAUGUUAAUAUCUCAGUCCUACAGAAAGUCAGUCACGUCUCGUGAUAACGUUUCAAACUCCGAAGCUUGGUGAUAUGGGUUUCUAGUCCUGAAAGGAGUUUCAUCAAUAUUACAAAUAAGCCUUGCUUAUGAUUAUGAUUUGGAACGAAGUCUUUAGUUGCGAUUCACUGACGCAUGCAAAUUUUAUACAAUUGCCUUUCAUAUCAUGGUACCAUAUCAUUAACUAACUACCUUUUUACACUUAAUCCCAAUCUCAGUAAAUAAUGCCUGGUUUGAAAAGCCCGUAUGAUAUUCGCGGAAUAUAUACUUAACUCACCCAAUUCAAUGUUUCAAGAUGGUAACAUAUACAAAAUCACAGUCAGACGGGUAGAAAAUCCCACUCAUCUAUACGAAAAACAAAAACAUCUUACUAUGAAACAAAUACUUAUUUCACAAGAGAUAGUCAGUUUCAUUCAGUAGUGAUAAAAAAACAACAACAAAACUUUAUUGACUAGUAAUUACAUUUAGGUGAUGGUGAUAACGGUCCAAUGGU